GCUCCAGAGGGUCCCCAGAGAAGGCCAGCCUCUGCAGAUCUAUCUGCUGUGGACUUAAUCCAAGAGGGCUGAUGGCCGUUCAAAUAUUCUCUUCCCCUCUUAGGACACACUCGGCCCUCAACCCAAGCAGAGACCAAGGUUCCUCUGCUCAGGCUGACCAGGGACAGCAGGUGGCAGGCAGAUGGGAUAGGAAUAUAGAUGAGAUGUGAUGGGCUCAGAAGACAAGCCAGUCUUCCCGCCUUUAUGAGGUAGAAAUGCCCUCAUCAGCAUUCCCAGGGCCCUAGGCAUGCCUUCUACCCAAGAGUCCAGAUGUACACUCCAAAGUCAAAGAGAAUUAUGUGUGGAUUCCUUCCUGUUUGGAGGGAAUUAUUUGUGACUUGGCCUAGUGGUUUGUGACACGGGUUAGAGGUGUAGGGAAGGAAGUACCUACUGGCCACCUUCAAAUCUGAACGAGCUGGAGCUGGGCCAAUGCAACUGAUCCCAAGGUCACAGCCCUGCUAAAGGCAAAGAAAAUGAGAACUUGGCCGGAGUUAAUGGGGGGAGGGGGUUACCUGGCAUUUCAUCGCUGGAGAGGGGGGCCGGGCACCCUCAAUCCCUGCCCCUCGCCUACCCCCUCACACAAGGGUCUUUGAAAACCCUCCAGGGCAGCCAACCCCCCUCCUCCUUCCUACAGCCACCAUUCCCUCAGUCCGGGACAGGCUCCGAAGGGCUGACUCAGGGGCCUGCAGAGUUAGUCACAUUCACUUAUAGCUGCAGAGUCAGAGGCCAGGGAUGGGGAUCGGGUCUCCAGGGCCCACCCCCUGCCUGGCAGGACACUGAGUCACCUGAUAGAGGACACAGGUACCCAGGCAGGGCUGGACCCUGAGGCUCUCCAGACCCUCCGCUGCCACUCCCCAAAGAAGACAGCCAGCCGUGAAAGGCGGCCCCACUCCUGUGUGGCCAACCCCAGCUAGGGGGAGAGCAUGCAUAUGGCUGAGGGCCCUAAAUAAAUGACACGUGUAUUUAUUUUUAAAUUACAGGAUAUAUCGUACAUGCUAAAGAGUGCAUAAGGGGUGCCUGGGUGGCUCAGUCAGUUAAGCGUCUGACUUCGGCUCAGGUCAUGAUCUCACAGUCUCUGAGUUCAAGCCCCGCAUCGGGCUCUGUGCUGGCAGCUCAGAGCCUGGAGCCUGCUUCGGAUUCUGUGCCUCCCUCUCUCUCUGCCCCUCGCCUGCUCACAUUCUGCCUCUCUCUCUCUCUCAAAAAUAAAUAAACAUUAAACAAAAUAUUUUUAAAGGGUGCAUAAAAUGUAUUUGUUUAAUGUAAAGAAUUAGUAACUAGUGAAAACCUGCGUACCCACCACCCAGGACAGGAAGUGAGACCUCAGUAGUGCUCCUGAAACUCCACCAUCACAUACCUCCCCGGCCCUCUGCCUCGAGGCACCUGUCCUGACUGCUCCUGUUUUCCUCUGUGGCCUCACCACCUAUGGAAGCCCCUCGAGAAAAGAGAGCCUGGGGUUUCCUGCCUUUGAACUGAACGCGGACGGGAUCUCCCCGUUCCGCGAGCUUUCCUCCUUUCGUUCGCCAUUAUGUCUGUGAGAUCGUCCACGCAGCUGAAGUUUGUUCAUUUCCUUCCGUAUUUUGGAUUGAUUACAGGCGCACCCCUGUGCCCCGUGAUGCUGUGUGAUGAUGUAAUAGUGAUGCGUUCCGCUAUUGAGGGACAGCCGUUUUCACCAGGCGCGGGCUAUUACAAAUAAGAUUGCUGUGAAUGUUUUCGUGCGUGUCUCUGGGGGUACGUGCGUGAAGGUGUCACUACAGGGGUGUCACUACAGGUCACAGAUAAGCCCAUUGUCUACUUUUACUAGAUACUGUCUCGCUUUUUCCGAAGGGAUUUCUUCGAUCUCCGCUCCCACGAGCCAUGAUGGUUCCUGUUGCUUCCCCUUCUCCCAGGCAUGUGGUAUUUUCAGGCUUAUUAAAUGAUUACCAAUCUUAAUGUUUUAUUGGAUGGAUGAAUCAAUGACUAGACGUUUGGUUGCAGCUGCCUCAUCGCCCCCACUGCAAAUGCCCGUGCCCAUGCCCUGCUGCCAAGAGUCUAGAAGUUUCAGAGGGCUGUCCUCCUCCAGGGUCUCUUCCAGCUCUGCCUCGUGACUUUAUCUCGUUCCCAAGGGCUAGGGGACUGUCACAGGGCUCUCUGUACUACAUGGGGAAACUGAGGCCCUGAGCAGAGAUCGCGGAGACGGUGUCCUCUCCAGCCUCUCCAGCAGAAGCAGUGGCCAGAAGCCUUCGACCCCCUUCCCAGGGUCCCAUUUCUGGAAGACUUUCCUCCAACUAGCCCCACCUUGGGCAUCUCAGUUCCUUCCCUCUCUAGAACCCUCAGCCUCACACAGCACAAGUGAGAAUGCCCAGGGAAUGUGAGGCCAAGGGGAGUGUGGAAUACCAGCGCAAAGCUGGCAGGGCUCCCCAGGGAGGGCUGUUUCAGGCUGUCUGGGUCCCAGCACCCAGGUUGAGAAGCCCUGGGUACAAGUGGCUCCACAGAGGCCAAACACAACACCCGAUCUGGGUUCCUUCUCCAGAUGGGAGCUCUUGUUCCCACUGCCCUGACCCCUGGCACAACCUCCAGAGGCAACGUCCCAUCUCACCCAUCUGCGCCCUCCUGCCAUCCGGGCACCAGCACCCUGGCCGCCGAGGUCCGAUCAGAGCGAUGGACGAGGUAGUGCGCGCCUCAAGGGACCCUGCAGUUCCUCCCCCAGAGCUAUUCCUGGCCUAGGCGUCUCCCCACUCCACCAGUCCUCCCACCUGACCUGACCCCACAGCUGGGAAUCAUCAUUGGCUGGGGGUGGGGCAACCCCUGACUAUAUAAGCCUGGGCCUAGGUGUCCCAGGCAUCCUGAAGGUCCAGACCUACCCCUGCUGACCCCUGCACACUCCAGCCUGACCCCUCAGCCGGCGCAGCAAUGACAGAAAAAGCCACCUCGGAGGCCCUCGCCUGUGGUCCGGAGGAAACCGCCUCGGAGUCUGCCAAGGCACCCAGCGCAGAGCCUUCUGGAGAAAUGGCAGCAUCGGAGUCUGCUGGGGAAGAGUAGGCUCCCGCACCAUAGGAGCCCACCCCUCAGGCACCGGCCCCCACACCCGCAGCCACUAAACCUGCACCUCCAAAUGAAGACAUCCCCAGUGCCCCGCUGCUGCUGGCCGUGGAGGAUGUGAGCGACAGCUCAGUGACCGUGAGCUGGGAGCCCCCAGAGAGGCUAGGGCGGCUGGGGCUCCAGGGCUAUGUGCUAGAGCUCUGGCGAGAGGGAGCCUCUGAGGGGGUGCCCAUGAAUGCCCGGCCCAUGAUGGUGACCCAGCGACCGACCAUGCGGAACCUGGCUCCAGGAGACCAAUUCUUCCCGCGUGUGGCUGCAGUGAGCUCUGCGGGGGCCGGCCCACCAGCUGUGCUAGAGCAGCCUGUCCACAUCCAGAAGAUGAUCGAAAGCCCCAAGAUCCGCGUCCCCUGCCAUCUUCGUCAGACCUACAUCCGCCAGGUGGGAGAGAGUCUGCAAAUCCCUUUCCAGUAGGUUCCCAAGGCUCAGGCCUCUUGGACCCACAGUGGCCACGCCCUGGACAGCCAGCGAGUGCACGUGUGCACUGGGGACCAGGACUCCGUCUCGGCCCAGAGCUCCGACUCAGGCCGCUACGAGCUCACUGUGCAUCUCAAAGAUUCGGAGGCCAGGGCAGCCACUGACAUCCUGGUGGUUGAGAAACCUGGGCCCCCCAGCAGCAUCUGGCUCCUGGACGUCUGGGGCUACGACGUUGCCCUUGAGUGGACACCGCCCCAGGACCCAGGCAACACAGAGCUCCUGGGCUACGUGGUGCAGAAGGCAGACAAAAAGACAGGGCAAUGGUUCACGGUGCUGGAGCGCUACCACCGGACCACCUGCACUGUCUCUGACCUCAUCGUGGGAAACGCCUACUCCUUUCGGGUCUUCUCGGAGAACCUGUGUGGACUCAGCACCUUGGCCGCCGUCACCAAGGAGCCAGCCCGGAUCCGGAAGGCAGAUAUCGUUGCCAAGCCUAAAGGGUUUGUCGAGCAAGACUUCUCAGAAGCCCCUUCGUUUACCCCGCCCCUGGCUGACCACACCUCCACCCCGGGCUACAGCACUCAGCUCUUCUGCAGGGUCCAAGCACUGCCCAAGCCCAAGAUAAUCUGGAUGAAAACCAAAAUGGACAUCCAGGGUGACCCCAAAUACCACGCCCUCUCUGAGCAAGGUGUCUGCACCCUGGAGAUCCGGAAGCCCGGCCCCUUUGAUUCCGGGCUCUACACCUGCAAGGCCAUCAGUGUGCUAGGGGAGGCAUCUGUGGCCUGCCAGCUGGAGGUCAAAGGUAAGGUUAUGAGGAGGGUCCUCCCAAGGACUGGAGAAGAGGAGAAGCCACCGCCUCUCCUGCUGGGCCAGAUGAGGCUGGGUGCUGGAAAUCAAGACAAGACAGAGGGGUGGUAAAGAUGGAGAGGUCUGGCUGUCAGAAGGAUUUUCCAAGUGGGAGGUUGGCCCGGUGUAGGAAAAGGAGGUAAUAGAGUCUGCCACUCAGACUGAUCCAUUGACUGGGGUGAAGGGGUGUAGCCCUGAGCCCCUCUUGUCCCGCUGCCCCCAACUCGGGGCCCCUGCAGGUGUCCCCCUCCCCCACUCUAACUGCGGCAUCUCUUCCGGCCUCAGCCACACACUGAAGAGCGACAGGAGGCUGUGAUGAGAAUGGUAAAUGUCUGGACCCGCUGUCUCUGGGGUCAGGCAGGGGGUGGGGGUGAGAGGGGAAGGUGGUGGUCAGCUCUGGGUACAAACCUGCAGCGUCAGGCAAUGUGCACCCGAGACAGGGGUCUAGCCUUGGCUCUGCAUGCCCUUAGACCAGGGCACUUCCUUGGCAGCAAUGUGGGGGCAAUGACCUAUGCCCCACCUUCUCUCCCCAGGGGGUUCUGAGGCUCUGGACAGGCAGGGAAGUUUCCCGGAGCCUCAGAGGCAGAGGUCAGAGCUGGACAUGGGCCCCUGGGGCAGGAGGCCUGGGAAGGAAAGAGAGGGGCUAUGUCCCUGUGCCCUGUCUCUCCUCUUCAGAGGGCAGGUGGAGCCCAGCCCUGCCUAACAGCAGGGCUCAUGAAACGUGUCCUCCGCCAGGUGCUGCAGACCUGGGGGCGUUGGGGCCACCAGGCUCAGCAUCAAGCUCCACGGAUGCCCCAGACCCCCAUUUCUGUGACAGCGGAUGGCUUUGCUCCCUGGUACCUGCCUAGCCUCCUCCCCGAGCGGCUGGUGCCCAGGAGCCAGAAGUAGGCCUGGCGGGCCCCAGGCCAGUCUCCCCGGGCAUGCGAGGGGGCCUGGAAAGUGCAGAGAUUGGAGUGCCCCUGCAGAGAGCUGCAGUCUGGGCGAAAAGCGCUCAAAUAAAGGUGUGUGUGCGGGGGCCUCUGUGACCACGAGCAUCGUUGUGAUGGGGGAGGCGCUGUGUCCCAGUGAGGGGGGGGUUGAUGUGUCACCGUGAGGGGGUCUCCACGUAGGACAUCCUGAGGAAGGUUCCAGUGGGAGGGGACUCAGGAUGUCAUGGGAGGGUGGGGAGUUCCAGACAUGAGCUUUUUUUAGGAUCUCGCUUUCACAGUCAGGGUUUGCUAUGCCUACAGCCUAACUACGCGAACAGACACCCUCUUCUCUGGAACCCUCCUUGCUCUGAACGCCUCCGUAUCUCCCCUCUCCCUGCUUCCUCCCCAUCCCCACCCCCCCCCCCAUUGCUCCUCUGUGCUGAGAUUGUCUACUGCCUUCAGAUGGUUGGGGGCUGUGGUGGGUAGCCAGGGGUGUGCUCUCCAUCAAGGUUCACAGUCUUUUAUUAGUCAGGUGGCCCUCCUUGGGAGCCAGGGAACAUCCUACCUCUGAGAAAGGGAAGGGCCUGGACUCAAGGCCUGGAGUUGCUGUCCACGCUCAGAACCCUGCCCCCCUCCCUCCACACACGGGGUGCCCGAGUUUGGCAGAGGGUGGACCCUUCCCCAGAUGCUCUAAAGCCUAGACUGUGCAACAGAGCCCCAAGCCCCUGAAAACUGUGCUAGAUGCCAGGGAUACUGAGGGUAUCUAAGCGCCAGCAAGA